CGCAUGCGUGCUGCAGGAGGGGCUGCAGCAGCAGCGACAGUAGCAGCAUACGCUCAACCGGGAGGAGGAGCAGCAGAAGCGAAGACUAGCACGGGAGAGGGAAAACUGACGGGGACAGCGGAAACAGCAGCAGGAGAAGCGAGGGAAACAGAUGGCAGCCACAGAGGAGGAGGCAGGCAGCAGCAGUUAGGCCGAGGCUGCGCUCAAGCAGGAGCAAGAGAGACAGGACAGGGCGCAACAGCAGCAGGAGGCAAAGCAGCCACGGCAGCGGGGAGGCCACCGGCUGCGGCGGAGGAGCCGCGUGGGAUGGUGUUGCACAAGGACGCCUCUCCUCCUCCUGUUGCGUCUACUACUUCCGGAAUGCGGGGGAGAGAACAAGCAACGCGAAGAGGAAAACCAGAAGACGCAGCUGCUACUGCUGCUGCCGCGGAAGAGAAAGAGGGAGAACGAACGGGACGGGAUAAGCGACAGCAGAAGUCACGGACAAUCGAACAGGCUAAAGACACUGGAAGAAGGAAGAAACUCAAGACCAGCAGCCCUCCCGCGGUCGAACAGAAAACAGACGUUUCUGGUGCAGCUGCCGCAGCUGCUAGUGCUGGCGCUGGCGCAUCAGACGGGGAGAGCGGCAUUCCUGCGGCUGCGCGCAGACGGCAGCGAGGGCACGCAGCUGAAGGCAGCAGCGCCCUGCCUCCUUCCAAGCAGCAGCUGCAGCAGCAGCCCCGGCAGCAUGUCACAC